GGAAGUAGGCAGGGCUUAACUGUAGGAUCCCGAAGCGUCCACAUGUGACUGCACACAUGUAGUUAAAUGUCAGGAGAAAACAAAAGAGAAGGAUUAUAACAGUUUCCUGUAACCAUCAUCUUUAUGUGUGGAAAGAAGGUAAAACGUUGUCAUUAUUAAGUAGCUCUGGCUGCUUUAGUUUACGUUACUUUUAGCCGGUUUGUUAGUAAGCUACACGUGAAAUCAGAUUUCUGUGCUACCAACAGCAUCAAUUUAACCAUUGCCUUAAAUAUCAGAGAUUUUUCUUUGUUAAAGUAUAUAUGGAGGCUUUUUAAUGGUAUUACCUGCGUUUUGUAGGUCCUGGUAAAGUAGAUAACCAAUUACUGAACAACCCGGCGUCAUAACACAGAAAAUAACGAUAAACUCAGACUGAAGUUGCUGCCAAUAAUUGAACAGCUGUUUUAAAGGUGUUAAAAGCAAUUUAAAAAAUCGUAUCAUACUCUUCAUUCCAAGUAUGGACAUCAAAGUAUCUAAACAGUAAAGAUGAGUUAGGGUGGCCUUUUUUACAGCUAUAUGACACACUCGUAGGGAUACGGAUCAACUUACCCCAUACACGGGGUUAGAUUGCUUUGAUGCAGUGAUCCGAAAUAUAAAAAAUGGCUCAUCUUUUUCCAGACUCUGCCUGAAGAUGUUGAGUGAUUCUGAAGCCACAGAGCUGCUCUCCUUCCUGAGCCCCCGUACACGCCCUGAUGUCAAAGGUCAGGCCACAGGGUACAUCCUGGGACUGUCGGGGCACAGGUGGGUGCUGAAGCAAGAGGAUGAUGAUAAUGAUAGAAGAGAUAGUCUCUCUUUUCACUGUAUCAUGUCACUAUUAGAGCCUUCUUUCUGCUUGCUGCACAGUUACAACUGUCAGUCCAGUUUAAACAUGACUGGAUUUUGAUGCCGUCUCCUUUACUUCUGUGACAUAAAGCUGAAUGAACUAUUUUGUUGAUUUUAGAAGCAUCCUGUGAGACACUCUAUGUGUGAUUUUAUUGUGUUAGAUAGUGUAGUGUAACUCUGAUGCUUCUCAUAAAUAUUGCAUUGAAAACUUUUAAAACAUUGACACCAAAUGAUGCUAAAACCUCGAACUCACUCCUUCUUUUUUGUCUCUGUUUCUCUGCAGGGAUGGAUGCCACUUCUGCCGCUCUAAACCAGAUUUACUCAAAGCCUUGUUCACUUUGACCUCUGACCCCUCCAUUGCUAUAGUGAAGGACUGUUACCACAUCUUCAUCAACCUGUCAGCUGAUGAGACUCUACACCAGGUGACCAGUCUUGCUUGAUCUCAGACUUAAAUGACCCUCUGAGUAUUUGCCGAGUUUCUGUAAUCACAGACACUGGACCAAUCAAAACAGAGUCAGUAUAGAUGGGUACUAAGUGAGAAUUCUUCUGAACGUCUCGUUCAGGUUUUGGUGUCAGAUGUAAACCUCCUCCCAGCGUUGUUAAAGAAUCUCCAGGAUCCCGAGUACCCGUUCGCUGAUCAGAUCUGCACCAUCUUGUCCAACCUGAGCCGCCAUGAGAAGACCUGCAAGACGGUGUUCAAGGUUGGUCUAAGUGACAGGAUUAGGCAUUUAAACAGGUGGGGAGUCUUGUACAGGACCACAAAGCCCUCUUGGGUGAUGAGGGUAAUAAUAACAAUCUGGACAUUAAGGGACUGGGUGUUUCUGCUGUUUCAGGUCCUCCAGGAGGAACUCAGUCUGGCUCAGCUGGUGGAGAUCUUCUGUACUGAAGGUUUUAAUAAGCAGGCCAAACUCCACUACCUGGGUCCUCUGCUGUCCAAUCUGACACAGCUGCCUGAGGCCAGAAACUACAUCCUGGACAAAGACAGGUGACUGAGACAGUGAAGAACACAUGACCUUUGACAUGCAUGUUCUUGCAAAUGUUCAAAUAAACCCACCGUGUGCUCACUAUUUGUCUGUGCGUGUUACAGAUGUGUGGUCCAGAGGUUGCUGCCCUUCACUCAUUUCCAGGCGUCAGUGGUGAGGAGGGGCGGAGUCAUCGGCACCCUGCGCAACUGUUGUUUUGACCACAGUAAGUUGCCCACAUCCUGUGUACUCCUUAAUGUGUCUAAGGCACUGAAAACACGACUCUGCAAAAUACGAGGUUCAAAAUCAACGAGAUGCAUCCUUGUCCAAUCACUCCUGCUUAUUACUGAGUCGGCCUGGGACAGGUAUACCUCUGCAUCUCUGAGAGGAGAGGAAAUCUGGACGCCUCCUGGUGGGUUCAAGAUAAGUGUGUGAUCGACCUCCAGGGUUGAGAAAGGAGGCUCAUGAGAAAGUGCUGGAAAUUGCAGUGGAUAUGUGUCCAAAAAAACACACGUGUGCAUCGAAGAGGCAUAGGUUUCUGUUUGCACUGAAUGACCGUAACCAAAAUGACUGUGAUCUGACUGGCAGAGAUGAUUGAAUGAAUGAAGUGGAGUGAGAUACUUGUCCGGAUUUGUCCUCACUGAAGUAACUCACCUGAUUUAACCCUUUCCUUGAUCUCUCCAGCUCAUCAUGAGUGGCUGCUGAGUGAAGCUGUGGACAUCCUGCCCUUUCUGCUCCUGCCUCUGGCCGGCCCAGAGGAGCUGACGGAUGAAGAGAAUGAAGGUAAAUGUCAAAUAUUUCUGUUUCAGGGAUUUUAACAAGUCAGUAAGACCUGGGCAGACUGCUGAGGGAUGUUACCAACCAUCUUUGUACUUUAAUUUUCUUUAAAAUUCUCCAUGUAUGAUCAUGACUGGUAAACUAACAGCUUGAUCAGAAGAUUUCAGACAUUAUCUGUGUUGUUUGAGUGUCUUUACAGAAACCUUUUCCCUCUCAACAUACUUCCUUACAUAAACACAUUCAGUAGAAAGACAAAAACAAAAACAACCCUCCAAAAAACACUCAUAUCUUCUAAACCUCUCUCUGUCUUGUUCCUCUGAGCCUGAGCUCUGCUGUUGUCCAAAAUUACACCAUGAGUCACUCUGGUGCAGCGGGCGAGAUGUUCCUUCAUUAGAAUACACACACACACACACACACUAUAGUUAAUAUUUCUGCAGCAGCAUGACUCAAACCAAAAGCUCCAGCUGUUUUAGGACCGUUUUUGAUCAUUUUCAGCCGUGACUGAAGAAAUCAUGUUGUCAGGUUUUAACCCUCAUUCUUAUGAACGUGUUAAAAAGAGAUUUCCUGUAAAAACGUCCUCCUUAAUGUUGAACAAAUGUCCACUCUGACCUUAGGACGGAGUGAGAUUAAAGAGGUUAAAAUUAAGGAGGAUAUCUUGUUGUUCUUCCCAAGUUUUAACACAUCGAAUGUAAACAGCCAAUCUAGUUUUUCCACAUCUGGCCACCACAUUAUAUCAGGCGGAAGGAAAAGAUGUUUUCGUUUAAAUUUUUCUUUGUAAAAGUGAGAAAUGGUCUUUUUUUUUCUCUGCUCCUCGAGGUCUGAGUGUUCUGCAGCUGCAUCAGCACACUCUGCAGAGACACAGUCCUCUCUCUGAGAUUGACUGAAUGUGGUGCGUCCUCUUGUGUUAGACAAAGCUCAUUGUCGGUUUUUCAUGCGCACUCUUUCAGAGUUGUUUUUUAUGGUUUUCCAUGUUUAUUGUUUAAGAGCGGUUUGGUAUUUAAAUACAGAUGACGAAUGUUAGAUUUACAAGAAUCUAGACUGCUUUAACCUGGCAGGUUUACUGAAAAACAAAAAAAAAAGAGAAAAAUAAAACUGCUUUGUACCAGAACUAGUCUCAGCCUUAUUCCUGAGCUUUUUCUGCUUCAGGUUGAAAUGAAGGGUAACCUUUUCCAUCAUGUAGAUCUCUAUUAUCUUCAAUAAUCAAAUUCAUCUCCUGCCCAGCAACACUUCAUUGCCACGAAAUGCAAACUGCAGCUCGACCGAUGGGCGGAGGCUUCAACCACAAAGCUGUUACUCAAGUUUAAAAUAUGAAACAGCAUAUUUGUCAAAGAUUUAUUGAGAUUUACGUCUUCAGCUCCAGGCGGAGUGAGAGAGUCAGUACUGACACACAAACACGUGUCUGGUUUCCUCAGAUUCCUCUCUAAACAAACGUUUGCACGUUUCUCAGAGGAAGGACGCUCUAGAGAUGAAUUAUCUUGCUCCUACAGGCCCUUCACUCUCACACACAGCUCCAGAAAGUUUAAAAAACUUCUGCAAAAUUUCCUCACAUCAGCAUCUUCUAGGUCAGCGUCUCUCUACUGAACAUGGUGCUGAUGACAUGAUCACCUGACAGGUCACUGAAUUAAGAAUAAGUUUUUUGAGUUUCUGCGUGAAGAGCAGCGUUAUUAAAAGGACACCAAGCUGCAUUACCCUGUUACAUGUUGAUGUGAUGUCCAGGCCUGCCCGUGGACCUGCAGUACCUCCCAGAGGACAAAGAGCGAGAAGAAGACCCCGACAUCAGGAAGAUGCUUGUGGAAACACUUUUACUGGUACGACAACAAAAACACACACCUCAAACACACACAGACUGUAGACUUGUGUUCUAGUUGUGAGCUGUGAACUGUGUUUCUCUGGUGAAGCUCACAGCGACCAAAACAGGGAGAAAGAUGCUGAAAGAAAAGAGCGUCUAUCCGAUCAUCAGAGAGUUUCAUCGCUGGGAGAAGGACGUCCACGUCGGCGCCGCCUGUGAGAAACUGGUCCAGGUAGGAGAGAUCGGUUCUCUAAACACAUCAGGACUUCUGACGAAUUCAUAAUAGCAUUAAGAUAAGAAAUCUCAUGAAAUGUGUCUUUGUGCUUUCUUAUUCAAGGUGAACCAUCAAACACAUUUUAGUAGCUUAACUCAAAAAACUCAUUUACAGCUUGGGGGUGUUACCGUUUACACAGCUAUGAAACGACUCAGAAGUGAAGUCUUUGCAGGAAACCUCUCAGGGUCGCCGUUAAGCCCUACUGAGCUCCUCAUUAUAUGUUAACUGUAAACUUGUGUUUCUUACAGCUUGUUAUUCCAACCCUUCAUGGUAGAUUUUUUCCGACCACCAGCCUCAGGUUUACUUUAACAGAACAAACAAAAAUCCAGCCUGUGAAGUGGCGAGCAGAGGCUUCCUCGGUGUAGCUGCUGUUGUCUUGGAAACAUAAAAACAGAUCUUAUAGAGUUACUGAAAUGUCCUGUUUGGGGUACCUGGGAAACAAUUCAAUCCAACUUCCAUGAAUCUGAUCAUGUUUAGAAGCUCUGCUAAGGUUUAAUAUGAACAUGUAAGACUUCAUUACAUUAGAGGCAUGUAUUAAAAUAUGAGAUAGAUGCGCUCAGCUUGUCCUAUGGCCAAAAUAAGAGCAGGGGAAAUGAAAAGGAUUUUUUAGACAGUCAGAGGAAAUCAUGAGUACAGCUGGAUGUUGGUAGAAACUGAAAUAUCAAACUUUUUAGAAGUUUCUCAAGAAAAAAGUCCGUCUUUUGUGAGUUUUUUCCUCUUUAAUGUUUAGAUUCGCUGACUGUGAUGAUAGCUGGUAACACAAAUGAAGAGUUGUUGAGUUCUGAACUCUUGGUUUAGUGUAAGGAGCAGUUUACAGGUGUUUUUUUCCACUGGGGAAUUUUGGGUGUACAAUCGGUAAAUUGUAAAAUCAGUAGUUUUAAUAAAAGGGAAAAGAACAAUACGAUACAAUAUAGUUUAUCCUUCCAUGAGACAUUUGUUUCAGGGUCAAGUUCUGUAUGACUUUGACCGUGUUUGUUUUGCAGCAAGAGAACAAAAACUAUUAAAAACCAUCAAAACAAUAAAAAAAAAAACAACUGUACUGAUUAAUAAGAGUACUAUAAACCAACAUCAAGCUCCAUGCAAACAGGAACAGAAACCAAAGAAAACCACAAACAACAAUUUUUGCAGAACUGUAAUGCACACAAAAAAACUGUAAAAGGAGAAAAAUAAAGAUGAAAACAUGAAGCUGUUGCACAAGUCUGAGGAGAAGCAGCAGCAUUAGUCAUUGUUUUGAGGGGAACUCUUUUUGUUUGCUGGUUUAAAAGUUUGAUUCUUAAAAAAAAUAUUUGUAGGUUCAAUGGAAGAAGAGAAAAAACUAAUCUAUGUAUGAGCUCUGUUAUUAGAUUUAACAUUUAAGUUACACCGCAGCUUUCUUUGACAUGACCGUGUCUGCUGAGAAGAGAACAUCCUCUAAAAGAAAGAUAAAAUUAAGAUCUUUUUUUGUUUGAGUUAAAUCUUCAAACUGGAAACUCAUCUGUCCACUCAGGUACUGAUAGGAGACGAACCAGAGAAAGGGAUGGAGAACCUGAUGGAGGUGGAGAUCCCAGAGGAUGUGCAGGUGAAGCUGAAGGAGGCUGACAUGAGAGAGGAACAGGAGCUGGAGAAAGAGCAGGAGAGGAUAAGACAGGAGGAGGAGGAGGAAGAGAAGAAGGAGAGGAAGGCUGCAGAGGAGACAGAGGGAGAACAGGUGACCGGGCUGAUACGAUGAAGGAAGCGUGGAGAUUUCUGACUUUACGCUGCAGCCGCCAUGUGACUGUUUGGCAUCCAGACAUGAGCAUGGGAUCAUGAGGAGUCACUCUGAUAUCUGUUCACAAACGCAGCUGUGUCCCACCGUCAAAGACAGAGGAAAGAAAGUGAUCAUGUGUAAAAAGACGCGAGUGUUUCAUGACUCCUCACAGGCAUCAGCUGGUUUAACCUGAAAUAACGCCUUGAGCAAAGAGCAGUUCUUGUCAUCUGUCUGAACUUGAGCUCCUGUUUCAUAAUGUCUGAGAGUUAUAAGAGAACAGGAGGAAAAACAGAGUCUGGUUUAAACUCGGCUUUUAAAGAUGAAUCUGACCAAAGAAGAGUCCGCAUGACAUCAGGAAUAAUAACUAGUGUUAAUUUAGUGUGAAUUUGUGUUGACAUUUGUUGUUUGUGCAGAAAAUACACAAGUUAAAUUUUGGUUCCUGUGACAGUCCUCUCAGUGAGAUUUCUUCUGUUUUUCCAGAUUUUAAAGAUUACAAGGAAAUAAAAAAUAUAAGGAGAAGAAAACUAAACUGAACUGAAUAAAAUAACUUUACCUCCAUGAACUAGCAGCAGAUGCACAGAAUGUAAACAAAUACACAUAAUAGAGAAAUACUACAACAAAGAUGUGUGCAUACAGUGCAUGUACAUGUACUGUAAAUGCACUAACAAGCUAGAAUAAAUCAAUAUCAUGGAGUAAACCUACAUUUUUACAGGUAAAAGUUUCUAUCACCUCAGAAAAGAGUCCAAAGACCUCCACAGUCUCCAAACCGGGUCUGAUUCAGGAUUCAGUUCAUGAGUUAGUUUAAAAGUUGCCUUUCCAACAGUAGCUGCUUUUGGAGUGAUACAUGAACACUAACUUAUGAAAGCUUGUGAAAAAAUACAUUUACAGUCAUGUUUUCAACCUGCUUUUCAAGUUUGUGUGAGGAUGAGAGUGAGGGAGUGGUGGUCAGUGACAAAUAGAGCUGAAGGGAGUGAGCACAGCUGAUGAAAACAAAGUCAUUAAAUUUAAUAAGACACAACAGUCGGACUGUUUCUUGUUCUGUGCAUGUUACCAAAUGAUCAACCGUCAUCACCCCAAUCAGUCGACACCCUGAUCACCACCUGGUUACUCAAACUGUCAGUAUCCUAAACUUUGUCGGACUGACAUGCCUGUCAUGUGGUCAGUGGUCUGUUUGUAUUAGGAUCUAUCAAGUGUUUGAAGGAUGUAGUUAAACUGGUUUAAAACAGCUGCAUGUGUGAACAGCACAGGUAUGAGGACGUUCACCUGGCCGGAGGGCUGAGAGCUUGUGGUGUUAGCUCUGCUAGUGUUAGUUCUGCGAGUGUUCGCCAUCCAGUAAAACAUCUUUAUAUUUUUCACCUACAGAUUUAGUUAUUCUUUGUGUAGCCUUGGUUAAUUUAUUGUACCUGAUUCUGUUUUGUGAGUUUUCUUACCUUUAGUCUCGUCAGCUGAUUGUUUAUGAAAUGUUGGUUUAAACAACUUGGAAAUGAGUCCCUUCAGGACCUCUGUCAUUGAAUAAUAGAAUAGAAUAUAAUAGAAUAGAAUAGAAUAUUCCUUUAUUGAUCCCCCAUGAGGGAAUUUUAUUUUGCCACAGCAGCAUCACAGAAGAUAGUGCAAAAAUGCAGUUUUAAAAAUAAAGAUCGUAAUAUUAAGAACUUAAACAAAUGUUAUGAUUAAAAAAAAAAAUUAGAAAAAGGAGAAAGGGGAGAAGAAAAUAAAACUAUAUACAAUAUACACAAUUUAAGUACCAACACAAUUUAAGUACCAUUGUCUAUAUAUUUUUAAUUAAUCCCCAAAAAAAGACUGUUGACAGAGAGCUCCAUGCUACCACUCAAUGAUUGAUGCAAAAAACAUCCAAAAUAACUAAAAUACUAAAAGUUUAUUGAAUGUUGGUCCACUUCCUGUUUGCGUUGAUUUUAGCGCCCCCUGUGGACAAAGCAGUCUUAACUUGUCUCCAACAUACUUUCACAAAAAUUGUGUCCUGCCAACUCUUGACCAUCCAAUGUGUCAUUAACUGAAAAUCUGAUAAAUGGGGCGGCAUCUUUAUCUGCUCGGCCAACACCCACCUCCUCACACCAGUUUGAGGUGUUAACAAUGAGGAGAUAAAACCUCCAGUCUUGUUUCUUAUGGUCCGGUUUGCUUAUGGAUGUCAUGAAAAAUCAUCAGUAUGUAUUUUUUUUCCAUUUCAUAAGUCUCAAAAAAACUCCUUAUAGGAGCUUUAAGGAAUAAAUCAAACAGAGGAGACAGCAAUAGUUUAUUAGUUAUCCCCUAGAUUACAGAGUUUACCUCUGUCCAAAGUUAUGAUGCAAUCAUAUUAAAACACGUGGAUACAUAAACCUCUUUGCAUCUGAAAAUUCAGACAGUACAAAAGCUUGAUGUGUUAUUAUAACUUUGUUAUUAAACCCCUUAUAACUUUUUCUGUCACUUUUUUGUGUAUUGAAGGGGGUGGUUGGACAAAGCUGAAUUUUCAUAAUGAUUGGAUUUCAUUUUUUCUUUAUUUUAACUUCACUUUGCCUAGGUUUUCUCACUAAGAUACAGCUGGCGUCCAUGAUACAUCGUGUGCAACAAAAGGAGAGAAAAGGGACAAAAAUAAGACCAAAUAACCAAAUUAAAAAAACUGCUGCAUUUGUUUUUGUUUCCACCAGAUUAGAUGAUAAAUUCCUCAGAUAUUAAAUACAAACAUCCUCCAAGACUUUGGUCUGGCUGGAGAAGGAAGGAUCAGGUCCAUUCAAACCAGAUGAAGUGAUUAAAUAAUUUAAUCUUUAUUUAUAACUCAUAUUUGCAUAUUUAUGAACACAAAAAAAACAUCAGUUUGGAGUCGUGAGGAAAAGACAAAUCAAAUGACAUUAAAUUUAUUUAGAGACCCUGACAGAGAUUAAUAUUCUCCAUCUUUACCACUCUUUGUUUAUUUGUUUGUUCGUGAUGUAUGAGUUGAUACCCGUCAAGUUUAAAUAUUUUGCGGCCUUAAUUUUUUCAUGACACAAUUUGACCAGAAGGGGGCAUCAGGUGUCUCACUCCGGCUGUUAUUUCCUCAGACAAACUCUUGAUCCAGAAGCAGCCAAUAUCUGGCUCUCUGCCGGAGUUCACCCUCCACUAAAAAAUAAACAGAAGAAAAGUGAAGAACAACUCCAAAUUCACCAGGAUGUUACAGUUUCACCCAAACAAAUGUUAAAACUCUUCACAUUGAAGCCAUUUUAACUAAAAUAUCAUGUUGUGUGUGAGUGUUUGGGGUGAUGACUUUAUCCUGUUAAAUUCAGUUCACCUCUGAUUGAAGAAGCUUCAUUUACAAACUCAGUCUGGAUAGAUAAAUAGAUAACAGAAAACUUUAAAAUCUGACAAACUGAAUAAAAGCAGAAACUAAAACCCA